GUCCAGGGGAAAUUACUUGACAUCAGAGAAGACUCAAAAGGCGAGAAAGAUGAUUUGAGGCUUGUGAAUUGCUCUCUGACAGCCGCUUGUUGCAGGGAUCUCUCCUCUGUUCUCAAUACCAAACCAACCCUGACAGAAUUGGACCUGUCAUAUAAAGUCCUGGGAAACUCAGGAAUUAAACUGUUGUGUGAAGGACUGAAACAUCCAAACUGCAAAGUGCAGAAACUGAGAGUGCAAUAUUGCUGCAUUACAGGUGCUGCCUGUGGGGAUCUCGCUGCUGUUCUCAGAACCAACCAGAGCCUGACAGAGCUGAACCUGAAUGGUAAUCCUCUGGGGGAUUCCGGAGUGCAGCGGCUAUGUGAGGGACUGAAACAUCCCAGCUGCAAAUUGCAAAGACUGUGGUUGGAAGCCUGUCAUCUCAAAGACACUUGUGGUAGGGAUCUUGCUGCUGUUCUCAGAACCAAACAGAGCCUGACAGAGCUGGAGAUGUGUCGUAAUUAUGAUCUGAGAGAGACUGCGGUGCAACAGCUAUGUGAGGGACUGAGACAUCCAAACUGCAAAUUACAGAGAUUGAUUCUGAACAGCUGCAAGCUCACUGACGCUUGUUGUGGGGCUCUCUCUUCGGUUCUCAGCACCAGCCAGACCCUGACAGAGCUUGUCUUGGGGCGUAAUGAAGUGGGAGAUCCAGGAGUGCAGCUGCUGUGUGAGGGACUGAAACAUCCCAACUGCAGACUGCAGAUAUUAAAUUUGUCUCUCUGUCAGCUCACAGCAGCUUGUUGUGGGGAUCUCGCCUCUGCUCUCAGCACCAACCAGACCCUGACAGAGCUAAAUAUAGGGGGCCACUCAUUGGGGGCUUCAGGAGUGCAGCUGCUGUGUGAGGGGCUGAAACAUCCAAACUGCAAACUGCAGAAACUAGGAUUGUGGAGUUACGACAUCCUAGCCGAUCUUAAUGCGGGAGAUUCAAGAGCGAUGGUACUAUGUGGUGGCCUGAGGUUUGUAAGCUGUGAUCUUCGGAACUUCUUAGUGAACUGUUUCGAUAUAAAGUAA